AUGAAACUAUUCAUUAUCACAGUUUUGGCUACUGUAGCGACAAUUCAGGCUUCGCCUUUAAAUGCGAGCUGCACUGUCACCUCCUACUUCGGAGUAGCUGCAGCUUUACAAAGCUGCACCGCAUUGAUACUGAAAGAUAUAACUGUCCCAGCUAAAACUACUCUGGAACUGAAUUUGAAAAGUGGUGCUUCUUUGACGUUCGCUGGCAGCAAGGUUACAGUUAAUGGUGCUGGAGCCACUUUGGAUGGAGAAGGUCCAAAAUACUGGGAUGGAAAGGGCGACAAAGGAACCGUAAAACCCAAAUUUCUCAGAAUAAAAACCACUGGUGGAUCGACUGUCAAAAACAUCAAACUUUUGAAUUGUCCCAGGCAAUGUGUCUCCAUCAACACUGCAAGCGACACAGUCUUGGACAAUUUCAACAUUGAUGUUUCUGCCGGAGACAAAGGCGCUUUGGGUCACAACACUGACGGUUUCGACGUAUCCAGCUCUUCAGGCAUCACGGUCCAAAACAGUAUAGUCAAGAACCAAGACGAUUGCGUGGCCGUAAAUCAAGGAAACAACUUCAUUUUCCGCAACUUGACUUGCUCUGGUGGUGACGGAUUGAGUUUGUCCGUCGGUCAAAGUUCAGCAAGCGGUUCCCCGAACACCGUUAAAAAAGUAGUGUUUUCUGACUGUACCGUAAUGAACUCAGAUAAUGGUAUCCAUGUCAAGACCCACUCAGACGCUGGUACCGGUUCUGUGUCCGACGUCACUUACAAAAAUAUCAAAUUGUCUGGCAUCAGGAAGUAUGGCAUCAACGUACAAGAGGACUACGAAAAAGGUCAUUCCUCUGGAAAACCGAAAGGCAACAUUCCAAUCAGCAAACUAUCUAUGAACUCCAUCACUGGUUCUAAGACUGGCGCUAAGGUACUUAUAUUGCUCCUGAAAUCUUGUUGGUCUGAUUCAUCGUUACUAUCCAUAUUCUUUCCAUUUAUUUGA